UCUGAACGAAGCCGAAUGCGCAAGGGACAGCACUCUUCCAUCACAUGCAAUGACGAGCAGACGGCUGUUUCGAGAUGCAACAAAAGUUGGCUGUGGCACGCAGACAAAGUCUGGAAUGGGUUAAGAAUGAAGACACUUCAGGAAACAGUUUUGGAGCAAAUAAAGCACACUCCAGAUGCCCUUGCUGUGAUAUUUGAUGAUGGUAGCAAGAGAUCUAUGUUUCUCUCACAUAUAAGGGAAAUGUGGGAGAGAGGACACAUUAUAAGUGAGUGUCUUAGAGAUAAUGCUGUCAGUAAUGAAGUGGUUGGCGUAUGCAUCCAACCAGCCCUUAAUUUGCCUUCUGUUCUACUUGGAAUUUUGCAAACGUCAUCUGCUUUCUAUCCCUUUGGAACUGAUGGCCAAGGAUUUGUGGAGCAUUCACUUCAUCAUCUCUCUGUACACCACAUCAUUGUUGAUUUCACUACAUUUGAAACAUUGCAGCCAUUACUGUUCCACCUGAAUGCCAGACUUUUGCAUAGUUCUAGUCUUUUGUCUUUUGGGUUGCAUCUUGUGCAUUUGAAAUGGGAAUCCCUGCACAGGACUCACUUGCAAUAUUUCCCAAGUUUGGCAUACUGCAUCACUACCUCAGGGACAACAGGGAGUCCUAAGAUUGUCAGGGUACCACACUCAUGUAUAGUUCCAAAUAUACAUGAUUUAAGAAAAGAAUUCAUGCCAUCUGUUGGAGACAUUACCUUUCUUGCUUCACCUUUGACUUUUGAUCCAAGCCUGGUUGACAUUUUUGUCACCCUUUCUUCUGGUGCUGCUUUGCUGAUAGUUCCUAAUGAGGUGAAAAUGUCACCUGACCACCUCCUUAUAAUGUUGCAUAUGCGACAUAGAGUUACAAUUUUACAGACCACACCUACUGUUUUAAAGAGGUUUGAUGCUGAAACUUUAAAGAAAACUCUACUUGGCACUGAUACCUCACUUCGAAUUCUUGUUCUUGGAGGAGAGAAAUUUCCAAGUAGCACAGUUUUUGAUAGAUGGUGUGCCCCAACAAAUGCAACAACAGUGUACAACAUUUAUGGUAUCACAGAAGUUUCCUGCUGGGCAUCUUUGUACUGUGUCAGAGGUCCCACAGGGCCAUUCAAAGAGUCUGUUCCUAUUGGCAGCCCAUUAACAGGAACAAGUGUCAAGGUCACAGAUGAAAUGGGUGGUGAUAUUUCGAGUGGAAAGGGACUUAUUUUAAUUGGAAGCUCUGAAAGAGUGUGCCUACUAAACAAUGAGCUAGGAGAACUACUGACCAGUGGAAUGGUAUGGAGGUCAACAGGAGAUAUCGGACGAGUCGAUAAUAGUGGACAGAUUUUCUGUCUUGGUCGAACUGACCGGCAGAUCAAGCGACAUGGGAAGCGCUUAAACCUUGACACCCUGGAACAGGUUUCAAGAAAGGUGAAGGAAGUAGAGCACAGUUGUGCUGUGUUUUCAGAAAACCAGCUGCAUCUCUUUGUUGUAAAUAGUAACAAAGAGGCUGAAAUUGAUGAACAAAUGUGCAGGGAAGUAAGAAGUUAUUUAAAACUAACUCUGCCUUCUCAUUACCAUCCUGACACAGUGACAGUGGUUUGCAAUUUGCCUGUCAAUGCUCAUGGUAAGUUGGAUGUGGCUGCUCUCAUUGCCAAACAAAAGCUGGGUGGUCAUCAGGACAUUGCUGGAUGCUCCAAUGUGGAGAGUUUGCUACAGUAUUUGUGGAAGGAAAGCUUGAUAAAACCAGACGAUGUGGUUACUUCAGAAGAAAAUUUCCUACAAAGUGGUGGUGAUUCUUUAAAGGCUGUGCAGCUGGCAAACAAUGUUGAAAACAAACUUGGAUGUCAGAUUCCUCAGUUACUUGAUAUCAUUCUGAGGGGCACAUAUAUGAACUUUGUUUCUUGUGUCAAAAAUCAUAUGUCCACUUUGACCAGCACACCACCAGAAAAGCGGAGACUAAAGAGACUAAAGAGGAGGCAUAAAUCAGGCAGCAAUGGUGAAAAAAUAUUGCAAUGCUUUCCGGAAAGCUCAUUAACAGCAGCUGACAGACACGAUGAAAAAAAGAUAAAUCACUCCAGUGUAUCAGAGUUUGAUGCUGCUAAGAAGUUAAAGCAAGAAGGAAGUAAGAUUGAGAGUUCCUUAAGUUUAUAUGAGAGACCCUGCAAGUGCUGUCACAGACAAAAGUGUGCAGAGCCAGAUAUGGGUAACUUUUCAGCUUCAGUGAAACCUUCAAGUCUGUACAAAAAGUGUUGUGCUGAAAGCAAAAGCACCAUUUCUCACAAAGUUGCUAGCAGAUAUUCCAAAGAGACAGUAGAACCCUAUUUAGAAAACUUACAUGAUGUUAAUCCUGACGGGUUUGCUGCGGCUGUGAGUAGAGGUAGUCAACUGCAGUUGAUUAACACAGGGUCUUGUGUAAUAAGUUAUCAGAAAUGCAGAGACUGUUGUUUACCAGAGAAAGGUGGCCAGGAUGUUAGUGCAAGCAUAAUCAUCCAUGUACCAGCUGGAAGGGAAGUGCAUUUCACAAAAGACAGAGAUUUAUGUCACCCUGACACAAAAAUGGUUUAUCCCUACAUAAUAAAUGGCCAGCAAACUGUCUUCAUUGGGUCUCACUCUCAUAAACUGUUUGCCAUUGAUAUGGCAACGGGCCUUGAAAAAUGGUGCUCAGAGACUGGAGACCGCAUUGAGGGUACAGCUUGUUUAUCAGCCUGUGGACAGUGGGUGAUUGUUGGUUCUUAUGACCACAAUAUUUAUGUCUUCGAUGUACUUACGGGAAAGGAAUGGUGGAAAGUGCAGACAAAAGAUGUGGUGAAGUGUAUGCCAGCCACUGAUCCUGCAUCUGGUGUUAUAGUCUGUGGGUCUCAUGAUGGUUGUAUCUAUGCUCUUAACAUUAAGGAUAGAAAUGUUUUGUGGCAAAAGGAUGCUGGAGGAGGAGGAGUGUUUGCAUCACCAACCAUAACCUUGAACCCGAGAACUGUGUAUGCAGCUACUUUGUCUGGCCAAGUUACUGCAAUGGCACUGGUGGAUGGUGAGCAGAUUUGGAAGAUUGAUUUGAAGAAACCAUUAUUCAGCUCUCCCACAGUAUAUAAGAAUUAUAUCUAUAUAGGAUGUGUGGAUGGUGCCAUGAAUUGUUUGGACGCCUUGUCUGGGAAAAUGAUGUGGACUUUCCUUGCCAAAGCACCAAUCUUUUCAUCCCCUACAGUGUAUAGCCAGCCAGGAGAACAAACUAAACUACUAUUUGGGUCACAUGACAGAAAUCUUUACUGCAUUACUGACGAUGGUCAGUUCCUGUGGCAACACAUUUGUGAAGCUACAGUGUAUGCUACACCCUUUGUCUUUCAGCUAUGUGCAGCAUGCAUUGGUAAUGGUCAGAAAGCAUCUGAAGCAUUCUCUCAAGACAUUCCUUCGAGCAAACAACUUGAAAGAGACUGCAAGAUUAAUGUUAGGAGGAGAAAAAGUACACUGAAAAAUGAUGUGGAGAAAACUGACUUGUCACAGCAUGAGGGAACCCAGGGUGGAGGGCAUGGCCAAUCUAUACUUAGUGAAAGAUCAUCUGAAGAUCAGAGGUGCACCUGUAAAAAUAUUUGCAGUGAGACUGCAAUUACAGAUGCGGGAUUCUAUGAGAAUGUAGGGGAUUCAAACUCAGCAUUUUUAUCCUGUGAAUGUAACUGUACAUUGCAUAGUUCAGCAGGACAAUUACACAGUGAAUGCAAAUUGGCUGAGCUGAAAAGUUGUAUUUCUCUGACAGCCUGUGUAGCUACAAAUGGUGUUGUGUUCAUUGUUAACACCAGAACUGGUGCAAAGCUUGGCCAUGUCAAGUUGCCUGGGGAAGUGUUUUCUUCACCUGUUGUUGUGGGUAACCAUUUAGUCGUAGGUUGUAGGGACAAUUGUGUGUACUGCUACACACUGACCUUUGAAACAAGCAAACAAGAUCUAACAGAGUAGAGUUUGGAUGUCAGUUUGUUUAUUUAAAGAGAACUAUCAUGUACACAUUUAAUAUGAAUACUCUGAUUUAUUACAGUCAAUAAAAUAGUUCACUGUACAUGUCUAGAAGACAAAAA